CAUUUUACAUUGAUUAAUAAUACUUCAAAGAUUGUAGUUCAUAUUUUACCCGUACCUGUCGCUAAAGUCGCUUAUGCUACGAGCGAAAAAUCAUAAACAGUUUUAAAGUUAAAGAGUUUGUUUCAUAUUAGUACCGCUAGGGGGAAUAGAUUUAGACAUAUGAAAUAGUGGUGCGUCUUCUUUUUCCAAACCUCAUUGUCAAUUCGUCAGUCAUAUUUGAUUCAUUUCAAAUGAUGCCAAGACUUAACCUAUAAAUAGUAGAAAAAUUAAUUAAUUAUAAACAUUUUAAAAAGAAAGUGUAUAAUUUUAUUAUAUCAAUGGAAACGGUGCCGAAAGAUUUACGUGGUCUAAGAGCAUGUUUAGUAUGCUCGUUGAUUAAGACUUUCGAUCAGUUCGAAUUUGAUGGCUGUGACAAUUGCGAUGAAUUUCUACGUAUGAAAAAUAAUAAAGACAAUGUUUUCGAUUGUACGAGUUCUAAUUUCGAUGGCAUGAUUGCAGCAAUGAGUCCAGAAGAUAGUUGGGUAUGCAAAUGGCAAAGAAUUAAUCGUUUUUGUAAAGGAGUUUAUGCGAUAUCAGUAUCGGGUCGCCUUCCAGCAGGUGUUAUAAGAGAAAUGAAAAGUAGAGGUAUAGUUUAUAGACCAAGAGAUACAAGUCAGAGAUAAAUAUAUAUUCCAAUAAUAAAUAUUUAUUAUAUUUAUAAUUUUCCUACUGAUUUCUAUAACUAUUUAACAUGACCAUAAAUAUAUGUAUAUAUAUAUAUAUUUUAUAAAUGUAAUUGUGAUUAAAGAAUACUUAUGUACAAUACAGAAUAGUAUAGUAGACGGAGUGUGCCUUUAACUCGAUCUAUUUGAAAUAUUUUUAUUAUUUAGCUAAUAAUAAAGUUAGAUGUAUCAUACAAAAAAUGUAUGGUCGCAUCAUUUUUAUUUUUUCAACUUGAAUACUGUAUUUUCUUCUGAUUAAACUGUACAAUAUAACUCGAAAUAUAACUUUAUUUAAGUUAGUGUCAAAUGUGAUUAUUAGUUGAACAUAUGUUUGUAAAGGAAUAGAAUGUGGGAUAUUGUAUCGCAGGCAAUUGAUUGUUUACACAAUUCAGCCAUAAAUUUGCACAGGUUACGUGAUAAUUAUUUUCAUUAUAAAUUACUUUGUCGCUGGUAAUGACAGUUAAACAGAGUGCACAAGAAAUGCAUUCACCUUGAUGCAAAGGCCAAGUUGGUAGUUCUGUUACGAUCUACAAUAAUAUGGAAAAUACAAUUGGAUUAAUAAACGUAGUUAUAUAAUUAUGUUAUAAAAAAUGUAUAAAGGAUAAUAGAAAAUUUGUUAUAUGAAAUGUGCGUAUACAUGUAUGUAUAUAUAUUUUCUUACUGGUAUAUUAGCAUAAAAAGGUUCCAUUUCUGCCCAAAUUCUAUCGAUAUCCAUAAGAAGAUCAUCAAAUCCGAUAAUAUUUAUAUCCAUUUCCUUAUAUGAAAAAUUGACUCGUCUACAAACUGCUGCAACUUCAGCUAAAUCUAAUAAAUACAAAGAAAAAUUUUGUAUUUUAAAGUAUUACAUUUUAUAUAUUCAUUUAUAGGAGAUUAAUGAAAUUACUUACUACAAAGAAAAUUGUAUCCUUGUGCGGAAUUUAAUACUUCAUUUAGUAUAACUUCGGAUGUUAUAUUAGUGAAUAUAUUAGCUGCGAUUUGUAAUAAUGAUAUACAACUUUCCAUAUAUUGUUUCCACUCCCAAUAAACUGUCUGUAAAGUAUUAUUUUUAACAUUUUUAUAUAUGUAUUUUAUUUUUUUAUUCACAUUUUGAUAUUGUCAUACCUGCUGUGUUAUUUGUAUUAUUUGAUCUUCUUCUGAAUUUGUAGGUAAAAAGGAUUUUAGAUCUAAGCUAGGUACAGAACCUGAUCUUGUUAUUGUCCGAUCAGAUAUUCCAUUCAUCAAUUCUAUACUAUUAAGAGAUAUAGCAUCUUCCAUUUGAAUAAGUUUACCUAAAGGCAAUUUUAUGUAAUUAAAUUUUUGUAUAAUUAUUUAUCGAAAAUAUUUUAUAUAUAUAUAUAUAUAUAUUUUUUUAUACAUUGCA